GCUACACAACACCGUUUAGACUGAACAUCGACAGAAGCAAUUACAACCCAAGCAUGGCUGCCAAGUUUGAUUCUGGCAGGACAAAUGAUGAUGAGAUGAGGAUUGUGAUGGUGGGGAAGACUGGAACUGGAAAGAGUGCUACUGGAAACACUAUUCUGGGCCCUGAGUGCUUUAAAUCCAAGUUCAGUGCCAAAUCUGUGACUGUAGAAUCUUUCAAAGGAAAAGCUACAGUGGAUGGACAUCGCGUUGCUGUCAUUGACACCCCGGGGCUGUUUGAUACCAGGGCUGAUGAAGAGGAAACUCAGAAAAAUAUACGCAAGUGCAUCUCCUAUGCUUCUCCAGGACCCCAUAUUUUCUUGGUGGUCAUUAAACUGGGUAGACACACUGAAGAGGAAAAACAGACGGUGCAAAAGAUUCAAAAAAUCUUUGGCCACGCAGCAGACAAAUACAGCAUGGUUCUCUUUACCCAUGGAGACCAACUUGAAGGCACCACUAUUGAAGAGUUCUUAGAAGAAAGCUCAGACCUGCAGGAACUCGUGACCAGAUGUAACGGUCAGUACCACGUCUUCAAUAAUGAACUGAAGGAGCGCUCUCAGGUCACUGAGCUGAUCCAGAAGAUCAGAGAGAUAGUCCAGAAGAACGGAGGAAGCCACUACACCAACGAGAUGUUCCAAGAGGCUGAGCGGGCGAUUGAAGAGGAGAAACAACGCAUCCUGAGAGAGAAAGAAGAAGAAAUACGAGAAAAAAUUGAAAAAAUGGAGAGAGAAAUACGGGAAAGAUAUGAGAAACAGAUGCAGAAAUACAACGAACAACUCCAGGCUGAGAGAGAGAGGGAGAGGAAGGAGAGAGAGGAGGAGAGGAAGAGGGAGAGAGAGGAGAUGAAUAAGGAGAGAAAGAGAGAGAUGGAGGAGAGAGAGGCAGAGAGGAAGAGAGAGAGAGAGGAGAGAGAGGCAGAGAGGAAGAGAGAG